AUGUAUAAUAACUUUGUUCCUGAAGUUACCAGCUUCAGCAAACAUUAUCUAUAUAGUCAUACCAUAGUUAAACAUUUAUCGAAGCCGAAAUAUGAACAUUUCAACCAGUCUAGAGUCGCUGUUAGAGAACCUCCUAUAAAUUAUAAUGACAUUAUAAAAUAUAUGAAUGAAACCCAUAACUUAUCGGCGACAGUCGAAGAGUUUGAAGAACAUGCAUAUCCGAAUUUAUUGGUAUCUGGUCAAGAUCCAGUGGAGAUUAUGCCAAGAGUUAUGAUUAAUUCCAACGGGUCGUAUCUUAAAAUCAAAUGUGGGGUUAAUAAAAGAUCAAACAACCGAAUUAUAAAUAUACCAACAAAUUCUAAAACCUUAUCAAGACAAGAUCAGAACAAGCUCAGAAAGGGUAAAAUACCUACGAUUGAGGUGGCAGUUGUGGUUGAUCAGGAAUUGAUCAAAUCAAUAAAAUCUAAAAUGUAUCUAAAAAGGAACUUCUCUAGGAAAGAAAUAAGAGAAUUGUCUAUCAGAUUCAUAUUGAGUGCUUACCAAGGGGGUAUAAAUUUCGCUGUAAGAUGUGCCAGGUGUAUAAGUUGCGUUGUAAGAUAUACCGGAAGGUUUUAUCAUCAAACAAGACUAGUUUCAACUUUAAGAAAUAUUUAA